AUGGGCUGGUACUUGUCAGUGAAGAUUAGUGUGCUAAAGGUGCUGAAGACAGCAGCCCAGACCUGCUGCAAGCUUUCUCCCUCACCCACCUCCCUUGGCAAGAGUCCCCUCAGCCUCCCCGGUUCGCUCCGAGACCCCUCGCUCCUGCCCCCGGGGACGCCGGGGCUGGGUCGCGGCUGUUGCGCUCGCACUGAACGUGAGGAGCUGAGAGAUCUGGCAUCCAAACACCCAAAUCUGGUUCUUGUAAAGCUGGAUGUCGAAAACCCCUCGGCUAUCACCGAUGCGGCCAAGGUGGUGGAGGGGAAGCUGGACGGAAUGGGGCUGAACCUGCUGAUAAACAAUGCUGGCAUCUACACCCCCACGGCCUCACUGGAGACAGUCGAUGCUGAGGACAUGGUCAGGACAUACAAGACCAAUGCAGUGGGGCCAAUGCUGAUGGCCCAGGCCUUCCUGCCUCUGCUGAAGAAGGCUGCCCAGGACAGCAAAGAAAAGGGUCUGAGUUGCAGCAAGGCAGCCAUCAUCAACAUCUCCACCAUUUUGGGGUCCAUCAAGAAAACACCUGAUUCCUUCUUCCGCCCUGUCAUCUCCUACCGCUGCAGCAAGGCUGCCCUCAACAUGCUGACCAUGUGCCAGGCUCUGACCUACAAGGAAUCUGGGAUCCUGUGCGUGGCACUGCACCCUGGCUGGGUGAAAACAGACAUGGGCAGUCAGGAGGCUGACUUAACAGUGGACACAAGUGUGCGGGGGUUGUUGUCUGUGCUGCCAAUCCUUUCUGAGAAACACAGUGGGACUCUGCUCAACUGGGAAGGUAAAGCUAUCCCCUGGUGACUGCUCUGUCCCUGCGAGGGACUCCACAGUGCCACGGGACUCCCUGAGUUCAUGGGUGCACCAGGGUGCUCAGCCCUCUGUGGUCUGCAAGGAACCUCCUUGGGACUCCAGUGGGUGGGCAGGGUGUGACCCCUGCUUUCACCUUGCUAAUAAAUAAAGUCAAUUACUAUCUGUGCCUUCUCCCA